CUUUGAUCUUUGGUCACCGUUCUACAACCCAUGGUCGCCAUAUUGGUAUGGUAACUUCUCCUGCCAACUGCGCAACACUACACCAAGGGAAGUGCAAUAACGGGAACCAAAAUGAGAAGAUUGUUGCUCUACCUCGCGGCUGUCGUGCAGUGCGCCUGCGUAUUUGGCCAGUUACAGGGAUGGCCGGACGCUACCGUCUGUUCUCCCGGCCCCAACACUACCGUGCCCCUCCCCACCAUACCCAGCUCCUUCCAAACCAUCAUUGAGAUCACCAUUGAUGCUGUAGAUGGACAACCCAAGAAGACAAUAGAGAUGUGGGAGUUCUUCGACUCUACAUACAACCGUGGCGUAAUCGGCAUCAUGGCGGGCGGUAACUAUGGUUACCAGAUCUACAACUACCAGACGAACGAGAUCUACGAUAUCCAGGGUUUGGCUUGUGUGCAACAACAGACUGUGAAUGGUCAGACGGUCACCAUGCCUGGACCGUGCAUGAACAUGGUGUGUAUCACGGAGACCAUGAGUGACGACAACACCUUUCUGGUUGGACACAAACUGGAGAACGGCACGCUCCACAUGUUCUCUACUGCGCAGGCGCUCUGGUUCGACGCCAGUCGACUGCCCAUCACGUACGUUGGAGAAGACGAAAUCCGCGGGAUUCCCGUACAACACUGGCGCCAGUGUAACUUCAUCAACAAGUGGUCAUCUACAUUCACGGUAGAUUACUACUGGAGUAAGCCAGUCGCAUGGGUAUCAGCCAGCGGUCCUGCAGCGCCCUCUGUCCCCGUCCGUGUGGUAGUGCAGGGCCAAGGAUGUAGCCCCACUGCAGCCACCUGUUCCCGGCGACGUCCCUUCAAAAGACAGUACGAGUUCGUCUUCUUUAGACCCAAGGUGCUCGUGGAUGGAAAGAUGUUUCAGCCCCCAGAGAACGUGCUGUGCCUGAAUGAGAAGCUGUCCCUGUCCCUCCCUCCCCUACCGGACCGGUACGCCGUCAGGACAGAAUAUCUCACCAACAUACCCAGCGCUGAGGGAUACGAGACAGUUAUCGCGUACUAUGAUACGUGGUACGACUACGGCUACAAACUGUCCAGGAUGGAUUUCCUCGUCAACUUUGAGAUUCCGGUUCAAACUAUUCAGGACUUCAACACAGGUAUUGAGUACCAGAUUCUCCCCACCACCGGAAACUGCAGUGUGACACCCAUCACCAACCAGACCUGGGACACCGUCUUCACAGACCCCAACCACGUGCGCAUGCGCAACCCGUUCGAGUGGUUCAUGACGGACAAGUACCCACCCUUCUAUCAGGGAAAGGUAGAGUCAAAUGUUCUUUGA